AUGGAUAGUAAUAUAAAGAAGCUGCAAGGCGAACAAAACUUUGCUGCUCGAAUCGUAUGCAACGUUAGGAAAUACGACCAUGUGUCUCCUUCUCUUAAAAGCUUAAAUUGGAUUCCCGUUAAAUCAAACCUUUACCCAAGAGACAGCGUCAUGGCUUUUAAGUGCAUGAUGGGUCUUGUACCGGAAUACCUAAAUUAUGAGUUGUUCCUGGGCGAUGAGGGUCAUGACUGUUUGAAAAGAUUUACAGGCAGCCAUUGGACAUUCCCUGAAUUAACAUAUGAUUUCUCGUUUACACUUGAACAAGAAAGAGAAUUUCUCCUUGACGUUUACGCAUCUACAAAUGGCGAGCAAUGGUACGACAACACAGGGUGGAACAGCUCAAAAUCCCACUGUUCCUGGUAUGGUAUCACAUGUUACAACAAUUGAUAUGUAAAAACCAUUACGCUGGCUUACAACAACUUGGAUGGUGUUCUUCCUUCCAAUCUGUGGAAGAUACGCAACUUGUUGUCGCUUUGCACUCCUGGUAACUCAAGACUCCGAGGACGCAUUGGUGACUUUUUAUUUGGAAAUAUGAGCAGUCUGCUGUCGAUCGUUCUCAAUGCAGCCUCCAUAUCUGGGGAAAUUCCGAGGGAUAUCGCACAACUAACAAAUUUGAACAGUUUCUUGGGCUGUGUAAUGAACGGGGAGGGCUUUACUGGCAACUUACCAGAAAACAUUGGGAAUAUGACAGGGUUAAGAAUGCUGUGUCUCGGAGGAAAUAGAUUUACUGGUCGAAUACCUAGAAGCAUAACCAAAUUACCAAGACUUUGUUAUCUUGACCUCCGAAACACUCCUGGUCUCAUGUGGGGAGAUCUGAAUGACCUUUUUGCGAUCCCUACCUUAACCCAACUUUUUGUUUCGGGCGUUCGACUAACAGGACAAUUACCAAAUACACUGCCACCUAACGUGAACUGUCUAGUUUUACCGGGAAACAACAUUUUGGGUGGCUUCUUUCAAAACAUUCCGAAAACUCAUCACGUGCAAAUUCUUAAUGUCGCUAACAAUCAGCUCACAGGAGACAUUCCUGGCGAGUUACUCAUUUACCCACCCUCCAUGAUUGAUUUGUCGCAGAACAAGUUUUCCUCCAUAAAUAGAGGGAGGCCAUGGUCUACCAAAUCAAAUAGAACUGUAAAAUCCUUCCUUUCCCUUGCAGGAAAUAGGAAUUUAGAAAUUAAUAUUUCAAGCUUUAUGGAGCUCCUCUCGGCCAAGCCCGACUUUCACCCAAGCCCAUCAGUUCUAAAUCUCAGUUUUUGCGAUAUUGAGAGUCCCCUACCUGCAAAUGUGCUUUACUUUGAGGACAUGUCCACUUGCGAUUUACGAGGUAACAGGUUUUACGGAGCCAUGCCUGCUUUUUUUGCAGACUUUUCAUAUCUAACUUAUUUUGACGUCUCAUCAAAUAACUUGUCGGGAAGCCUUCCGGCAGGAAUUCAGAAUUUAAUCAGUCUCCAGUAUUUGGAUAUUUCUGGAAAUCCUUCUAUGCAAGAGAAAAAGAAUGCAUCCAUUGACGUCUUUCGCCCCGAUUUUUCAAGAAUGUUCAGACCACACUCAGAAGACUACUUUACAUGUCCCGAAGGACACUUAACGUUCAAUAACGGUCGCAUUCGCUUGGAUCCUACAUUUUACGAGUACAGAUAUUGCAUUUGUGAUACACAUUUUUACGGAGAGAGCGGAUUAUGUAAAUCAUGUAUGGAUGGUGGAACGUGUAACCAAGUUACUGUUACAGACCAAAAAGACCUUAGUCCAAACAUCAUGAAGAUAGGUCCUGGCUAUUGGCCAUCUCCUGGUCCUAGGAAUGUUACCCAUCUCGUCAAGUGUCCAGUACCUACUGCUUGCAAUCCACUAGCUUCCUGCACCUGUCGCCUCAACACAUCACCAAGCGACGACUCGUACUCCUCCAAUAACAAGGGUUUAGUGUCAUCUCUGAUCACAAAAUGUAAUGAAUCCUGUAUCUGCCAUUCGGGUAACACUGACAGGUUCUGUUCUCGUUGUGAAGAAGGAUUUUAUAAAAUUGCCGGAAUGUGCUACCAAUGCGUGAAGGGAGAUCUAACCUACUACUACGUGUUUAUUCCUAUCUUUGCCAUCUCUUUCCUAGUUCUGCUUUGGUCAUUUUUUUAUUUCAACUUGCGACCUAUCAAAUGGUUUGUAGUAACAGCAAUACAUUUCCUCUUACUGUUGAUCUUUAUGCUUUUGGAAUUCUUACCUAUUUGGGUUUUCAAAUUGAACCUGGUGGUCUUUGUGUUGUGUUUGACUAGUCGAGGGAAAGGUACAAAGUCUCUCAUCAGCAUUGCAGUUUUCUAUAUACAAACCAUGGAUUUCAUGGUAUCGAGCUCCAGUAUGUGGCCUCGAAUAAUCGUCGCAGCUCAGAACUACUUGAGCAGUUACUGGAAUUUGUAUUUUCCUUCACUUUCGUGCGAUUUCCCCUCUCUUUUCAAUCCUAUUGGCAAGUUUGCUUUUAUUCUUCUUCUUCCAAUUGGCUGCAUGGCAACUGUGGGUGUUUACUUUAUCAUCAUGUUGGUCUACAAUAAGAUGCGUCCGACAGAACGACGCAUGGAAAACGUUCACUUUAAAUGCCGUCAAAGUGCCUUUUUCUGUUUAAGUUUCAGCUACUUUCCUAUUGUAAAGCAAACUCUCUCCAUUUUACGCCCCUGCCAAAACGACGGUGAUAUUCUGUACAUGCCAAUUUCUCCUUGGAUUGAAUGUGCAUCUGAUACCUACAGAACUCUAUCAGCUCUUAGUUUCGUCUCUGUGGCGAUCUACGUGAUUGGGUUUCCUUUGCUUCUGGCCUCACUCUUGUUUUUCUUCUUUCGGAAAAGAGUCAGUAUGAGCCCUGAGGAUCGUAAAAAACUUGACACGUGGCUUGGUCCUGCAUAUUUACCUUACAAACCAAGGUAUCAGAGGUACUUUGAGCUCGUCAUGCUUCUCCGUCGCGUAUUGCUUGCCGUUGCCUUGUCCAUGAUUUCUUCUUCCUCUUCUUUACAAACUUUCGUUGUCUGGGUAAUUCUAGUUGGCUUCGCAAUUGCCCAUCUGUGUUUGCAUCCUUAUAGCGAUAUUCCACACCACAGGUUUGCCUCCGAAAACUUUUUUGAGCCUCUAGUUUUGUUGGCGCUGUCCAUGUCUUUUAUGCUGUUGAGGUUCUCGGCCUUGGAAAGCUCUAUGAGUUAUAUAACAGCUUACGUUUGGAUCGUUGUGAUUGUCAAUUCUUGCAUCUUCCUCUUAUUAAUUGGCACUAUUUUCUACCGUCUUGUUUUAACCGGGCAGGAUGACAGUAGGUGCUGUUUUGUCCAUGGAAGAAAUAGAGGGGAUCUAUCGCAAAACCGGUUUACGUCAAUCAAUGAAGGCAAGCCAUGGCCAAAAGAUGACAAAGGAAGCAUUAACUUAUACCUUUCGUUGGCCGAGAAUAGAGACUUGGCAAUUGAUUUUCAAAGUUUCCUGGGACUUUUUGAGGACACAGAGACCCUAUCUUUCAUAAAUGUAAGCUACUGUGGUAUAGAAAGUCCUAUUUUGCCAAACCUGUUCUACUUCCAAAGAUUGUCCACUAUCGAUUUAAGGGGCAAUAAACUUUAUGGAGAAAUGCCAGAUAUUUUCGCAGAUAGAUCAGUGCUAUCCUACCUUGAUAUCUCUCUCAAUAACUUAUCAGGUUCUCUACCAGGAGGGGCACAAAGUUUCAUUGCUCUUCAAUACUUGGAUAUUUCUGGAAAUCCUUACAUGAAGAAAGGAACAAGGAUAUCGGCCGAUGUCUUACAGCCUGACUUCUCAAGAAUGAUCAAGCAACAUCAAGAAGACAACUUUACUUGUCCCGAAGGGCGCUUUACGUUCAAUAAUGGCCGUAUUCGCUUAGAUCCUACAUUUUACGAAUACAAGUAUUGUAUCUGUGACGCUCGUUUUUACGGAGACACUGGACUUUGCAAAUUAUGUUUGGACGGAGGGACGUGCAACAAAGCUGUCGUCAGUACCCUGGAAGAUAUCCGCCCAAACAUCAUGAGGAUAGCUCCUGGCUACUGGCCCUCACCUAGCACUAAGAAC